UUUUUCUUUCUGUAAAGAUACGUUGUUGAUUCAGUUGCUAGAUUAACGUCCCUACAUAUACUAGUCAAAGACAGCAUGAACUGCAGUUCACAAUUACCACCAGUUGCUCUUUCUUACGUAUCCAUGGCAAUGUCAAUCAUACUUUCGAUGUUGACAGUGCCUGGAAACUUGCUAGUUUGCCUAGCGGUUUUAAGAGAUCCUAAAAAGGAAAUCAGAACACCAUUCACUUUGCUGAUUCUAAAUUUAUCAACCGCUUAUCUCAUCGUGGGCUCAGUUGCUGACUCUUUGUCAGUGGUCUACCACUACUUAGAGUCGCAACGUGACGUCACUUUCCUAAAAGUAGUUACAGCCAAUCAUAUCGCGUAUUAUAUCUCGUCCACAGCGUCUCUCUUAAGUCUGGCAGGUCUAACACUAGACCGAUAUGUAGCCCUAACGUCGCACCACUGGUACAAAGCUAACGUUACUUACAAAACAGCAGCGAUAGUUUCACUAGCAAUAUGGGUAGUUUCCCUGUCAAUGCCCUGGUUAUAUCUGUAUUAUGGGUUCAUUGGUUAUGCAUUUAUAUUUGCGAAUACUUCUAUAUUGGUAACCAUAGUCAUUCUCCUAUUGGCUUACCUGGGAAUAAUUAAAAGGCUUCGCAAACAGGUUUUCAGCUUGGAGAUACUUCGUGCGCAGAACACAGGUGCGCGAGCCAAUCAACGCGCUACACUAUGGGAGAAGAAACUUACAAACACUUACCUUACAAUGCUUGUMGGAUUUUURGUUUUGCUAUUGCCUUCCAUUGUUAUGAUUUACGUAUUGAAGUUCUGUCUCGCAUGUAGCUGCACGAGUUAUCAUGUCAUGAGAGACGYCCAUUUUCUGCUCAUAUUGAGCUCCUCUGCUGUCAACCCAAUCCUUUAUGGAUGGCGCCUUGCAAACUUUCGGCGUGCUUUUUGGAGUAUAAUUCGAUGUGAAGAGGGUGUUCGUGUCAACGCUUCUGUGCACCAUCCGCAUGGAGAGGUUUUGCGUAUUGAGCUUGAGAAAGCAACGGUUUCACAUAGCAAGCACGAGGAUAGGAAUAGAGUCGAAAUUAAUGAUAUGGAUUGAUGUACUGUUAUGAUUGUAUCAUUAUGCUGGUUAAAUAUGAAUUUAUACUGAGAUGUUUGAGCGGUGAAGAACAGCUUGGACAGCAGACGAUUUAGUUUAUUAAUUUUAAGCAUUUUUAUUGGUCCUAUUUAUCUACAUUAUCAUUAUGCAUAUUAGCAACUAAAGCUUGACUCGUGCUAACUCGCCCACUAAUUGGCGAAGGAUAUCAGAUYAUAUCCUGUGAAAGAAAAACAAAGUAAUGGAUACGUACUACUAUAGAUUUAGAUCACAUUAGAUUU